UGCGCUGAAUUGUUUUGUUGCAAAAGUGCAAAAAUCUGGGUGAUUGUGUCAUCUACGUAAUAGUAAGUCUACUGGAAAUGCUCCAUACAAAAUAAUGUAUGGUAGAGCUUGAUUAAGAAGCAAUGGUAACAAACUAAGUACCUGUUGCCAGUGACUACAACUAGUACAAGUGUUGAUUAUUGGACACCUCCAGAUUAAAAAUGUUGAGACUGAUUCAUAUAAGUCAACACAGAUUUCAUAAUAUUGUAAAUUAUUUCAAACCAAAAUCUACCAACUUUAAUCCUAUCAUAAUCAUAAAGAAAUCUCAAAGGUAUUUUGCUACUGAUGUAGGAAGUCGUCAUGAAAAUGAAGAAACUGUUGUUGACUCAGUGUCGUCUGCUAAAACAGGAAAAGUGAGUCAAGAUCCAAGAUUAAAUCCAAUAGGAAUACAGUUACUUUCACAACCAUUGUAUGAACAAGUUUUUGGUGGAAAUCAAGUGAAGGAAAGUUCCAAAGACGUGAGGGACGAAAUUGAAAAAUCCCUUGGUAAACAUGGCUUGAAAAUCACUGAUUCUACAGUCCUGUCUGAUGUGGACUUUGAAUUGCCAGAAUUGAAAGGGCAGGACCUCGAUAGUCACUUUAGGAACCUCGCUUCCGAACAGACGAAAACGUACAGAGAAUUAGGUGAUCAUCUUUCGAAAUGCUGCUUGCCGCCUAUGCCACUGAUUUGGGAAUACACUUCGGGGUGGACAAUGUACAAAGAUGGUGUCGUCUCUAAAGUUGCUGCGCCAUUGGAGGAUGGGUUGGUGUUUGAUAUUGAGUUGGUGGUUGGUGAAGGUCAUUACCCUACCAUGGCAACUGCUGCUUCAUCAAAGGCAUGGUACUCAUGGUGCAGUGAAAGACUGAUCGAUGAGAAUGUCAAGCUUAAAAUGUCAACAAGGAUGGAUCCAAACUGCUUGAUUCCUUUAGAGCUACCUGGGAGUGAGCCUCGAGAGAAAGUAGUGGUCGGCCAUAAUGUCAGUUUUGACAGAUCAUUUGUCAAAGAACAGUAUUACAUCGAUAAUGGCAAAACCAGAUUUGUUGACACGAUGUCCUUCCAUAUUGCGGUAGCAGGCUUCACUAGCCAUCAGCGUCUGCUGUAUAAUGCGGCCAAGAGUGGUGGGUCCGGUGAGAGGAAGGAGCUCACCGAAAUGAAGGAACGACUGGAAGGAGCUCGCAUUGAGGAUGAAGAGUGGUUUAUCACAGGGUCAUUGAAUAAUCUAGCAGCUGUUCACAAGAACCAUUGUGGAGGUCCAGAUCUCAAGAAGGAAGCUCGCGAUGUGUUUUUGAAAGGGACCAUGACAGAUGUUAGGGAAAAUUUCCAGGAACUAAUGGAAUAUUGUGCCAAUGACGUAAAAGCAACUCAUGAAGUCCACAAAAAACUAUGGCCGGAAUUCUUCAAAAGAUUUCAGCAUCCUGUCACCUUCGCCGGUAUGCUGGAGAUGGGGACGGCCUAUUUACCUGUCAAUUACAACUGGGAGAAGUACAUUGCAGAAAGUGAGGCAACGUUCAAUGAUUUCAAGCGGGAGUUGAAGCUACUGCUGAUGAAGGCUGCCAACGAUGCUGUGGCACUUGUUAAAAACGACCAGUUCAAAAAGGACCCGUGGUUGUGGGACCUGGAUUGGUCAACAAAGGACAUAAAAAUCAAGAAACCUCCCAAGAAAACAGCUAAAGUUCUCGCUGCAGAAAAAGCUGAGAAGGAAAAGAAGUUGACGGAUGAAGAAAAGCUACAGAAAGUCCUGGACACAUCAAAGAGCUUGUACAAAACCCGUCCUCACAUGCCCGGAUAUCCAGGAUGGUACCGUGAACUCUGUCUGAAGCCUAACGAUGAAAACUACAUACCAGGACCAUCCAAGAUCAGCACAGCUACUCGAGCUACGGCCAAGAUCCUGCGUUUAACUUGGGAUGGCUACCCUCUUCACUAUGAUGAGACAUUGGGCUGGGGUUAUCUCAUCCCUGGGAGGAACGAUCCCAAACUGGAGCAUCUCAUAAUGUCUGGUGUCAAUGCUGAAGACGUUUCGGCAUUCCCUGUGAAGUCUUUGUACAAAUUAUUCUCAAAGACUGUCAUUGAAGAAGCUGAGAAGAACAAGACAUCUUCUGAUAGUGACUCUCCAGCAGCAGGGUCAGCAAGUACCUCUCAUUUUACCAAUAAUCUGAACAACCUGCUUAUGGAGAUUACGGAUGAGAGCUCAGAUUCGCUCAGAGAUAUGUUGAUAAACUUAAAGAGAUGGAAAGAAGAGAAUGCCGAUUCUAAGACACGAGAUCAGAUACAGAAGAAGAAAGCCAAUUGGAUGAAGAGGAGGAAUCUUAAAGUCGAGGAUUCUGGAGAGAAGCCGUUUUUCCAUAAUGGUGAUGGGCCAUAUGAGACGACUGAUAACAUCUUAGGAUCGUGGUUCUUCAGGAUUCCUCACAAGGAUGGCACUGACAAGAACGUUGGCAAUCCCCUGUCCAAGACGUUUCUGAAUAAGAUAGAAGAUGGUACUCUAAAGGCUUGUUCCGGGGAGGCAGCCCGGGUGCUGAAGCUGAGUAAAGUCUGUGCCUACUGGAACAACAACCGGGACCGAAUUAGGAAACAGAUGGCAGUUUGGCUGAGGAAGAAGGAUUUACCAGAAGCAGUAAAACAGUCUGAAGAUUAUGAUGAGAAUGGAAUCUAUGGUGCUAUAUUACCAAGAGUUGUGACUGCCGGUACUGUGACGCGCAGGGCUGUUGAACCAACUUGGAUGACCGCCAGUAAUGCUUAUUCCGAUCGUAUUGGCAGUGAGUUGAAGGCAAUGAUUCAGGCACCUCCUGGUUAUCACUUCGUAGGGGCAGAUGUUGAUUCUCAGGAACUCUGGAUUGCCGCCAUUUUGGGUGAUUCUUACCACACGAAAAUCCACGGGUCGACAGCGUUUGGAUGGAUGACACUCCAAGGGAAGAAAAGUGACGGCUCUGAUCUUCAUAGCAAGACUGCCCAACUCAUGGGCAUCAGCAGAGACAAUGCAAAGGUUGUGAAUUACAGCAGGAUCUACGGAGCAGGCCGACCAUUCGCUGAGAGGCUCCUUGUUCAGUUUAACCAUCGUCUGACUCCAAAAGAAGCUGAAGCCAAUGUAAAGAAGAUGUUCAAAGCUACGAAAGGGACAAGGCAGUUUGUAACCCUUGACAGUGGAGAAAGGAAGGCCAAGUGGGCUGGAGGAACUGAAUCGGAGAUGUUUAACAAGCUCGAGAGCAUCGCGUUGUCUGAUGAGCCGAAGACGCCGGUGCUUAAUUGUGCCAUUAGCAAGUCAUUGGAGUCUCAGAGUGUGAAAGGUUACUUCAAAACGAGCCGUGUCAACUGGGUUGUCCAGAGUUCUGCUGUCGACUACCUUCACCUGAUGCUAGUGAGCAUGCGAUGGAUGUUUGACAAGUACAAGAUAAGCGGGCGAUUUUGCAUCAGUAUCCAUGACGAGGUGCGGUAUCUCGUCAAGAGUGAGGACAGGUUCCGAGCAGCUCUGGCACUUCAGAUCACCAACCUGCUGACACGAUCCAUGUUUGCUCACAAGCUGAAUAUGGGAGAUUUACCUCAGUCUGUGGCUUUCUUCAGUGCAGUCGACUUGGACAAGUGUUUGAGGAAGGAGGUCAACUUGGACUGUGUGACACCCUCGAAUCCAAGAGGACUGGCCAGAGGUUAUUCCAUCCCAGAAGGGGAAGCAUGUGAUAUUUUUGACAUCCUAAAGAUCACCAACAAUGGGUGCUUAGAUCCUCAAGAGCCAAACGAACCUGACGUCAAGGACAAUACCCACGAUACCCACGAUAUAGCAGAUGAGGCCGCUGGAGCAGAAGAUCACGCAUUUCACAGAGCUGGAUAGGACACAUCUAUUCUGCAGUGUUGGUGCUUCGAUGCGAGUUGAAAGACAAUACUUACCAUGAGGAUAUGUUUUAUGAGUGGUCUAUCAUGCACUAUGUGAUCAUCUUGAAAGUUAUUGCAUUUGAAAUGGAUCAUCCUACCAGAGUGCAUUUAUCAGACUUGAUUGGACAGUCAAAAGUAUUUGGCAUUCGUUUAUGCCUUGGGCUUUAGCAAAGACAUGAAUAGUUCGAUUUCUUGUUCUGUUAAAGUAGAGGCUACUUCUUGAAAGGACAUGAAUGUGUU